CUCAUUUGACGCCGUCAUCUUCCAGGUUCUUGAAAAAUCAGUCAUGAACUGCGAAAUGUGGGAAACCAAGUUGUGGAAGAGACUUUAUGUGUCAUGGGUCAAGAAAGAAUGCUGUUGUGUUGCUCAUCAUUCGCUGUCGGGGCGAUAGCCUAGCGCGUUCCUCCAAUCUUCGAUGUUGACGUCGUUGAUCUUGUGCCAAACGCCAGGCCCUGAGAAAUUUUGGUCGGGGCCUGAAUGUCUCCUCAUCACUCCCAAAUUACCAUUCCUUCGUCUUCAGAGUAAGUCCACUUCUGCCUUCUUCUUGGUCAAUCAGCUCUCUUUCUCUGAUUGAUGUCCGCCCCAACCAACGCGGAUGCUACGGACAUAUCCUUGGCCGCCGCUUUUGCGGCACUGAGUGUUGAAUUUGUAGUUCACCCGUUCGAUACUCUCAUUACACGCAUCCAAUCCCCUGAAUAUGUACCCAAAUACCGGAGCCACGAGGGCAAACUCCAACCGACGCUGUUCCGGGGCCUGUAUCGCGGCUUGACACCAACCGUCGUCACGACCAUCCCGGCCUCUGUCACUUUCUUCACCAUCUACGAAACUGCCAAGACUACUCUUCAGCCGAAGGAGGGUCUCAAGCCCGGGAGCCUAUCUCAAACCGCUGUCCAUGCCGCCAGUAGCGCGCUGGCUGAUAUGGUCGCGUGCGCCAUCAUCAACCCGUCGGAAGUCCUCAAGCAGAACGCGCAAGUUGCCCGAUUCUCAGAAGGUGGUGUGCAGCGCAAUCCCAUGUUGGCCUCGCUCAAGCACUUCGCAAGACAUCCUCUGAAGCUAUGGACAGGAUAUACGGUCUUGGUAGCUGGUAAUUUGCCACGUACCAGUCUCACGUUCUCCAUUUACGAGUAUCUCAAAGGCGCCUGGCUACGGCGUUCAAAGAGACCUGAGAGCAUCACGGAACAAGUCAAAGUGAGCGGAAUCACUGCUGCUAUCGGCGGCUCAAUAGCCUCGCUUCUCUUCGUUCCAAUCGACGUCGUGAAAACCAGGAUGCGGUUGCCGGAAAUCGCUCCUCCCAGCCAUCUUUUACAGCCAGAAGCACUGUUCACGUCUUCACUGAGCCGCGAGAAAGCUAGGAAGCCCGCGGCGAGAGGGCCCAUUUUCAUUACCAAGGGCAUCUUGAUAAGAGAUGGGAUUUCGGGACUGUUCAGAGGGGCAACUGUCACUUGCAUAGCAGCUGCCGUGGGGAACGGGUUGUUCUUGGGUUGCUACGAAGGACUCAAGUUGCACUAUGCCCGUGAAGCUUCAAAGACUGAGCUCAUCCAAUAACAAUGGUCAAAUUGACUUGGUAGAUAGGAAUGGGCGGUGUAUCGUACGUGAUGCGUAAUAUAGCAUAAAGACAAUGCUCCUUCUCCCGCCUG